ACUUAUUUAAGUGAAAAAGCUUGGCGUCAUUUAGAAGAUAUGCUUAGGAGAUUGGAUAAUGAAGAAAAACGAAAAAAGAAAUCCGAUAAAAAAGGCAUCUCAUCGAUGCAUGAUAACGGUCAAGAUGAUGCUAUGUCUCAGGAUUCAUACCCUUCAAAUCAAGAGUUAUAUGCUGGUCCUCGUCGUCUUUCUCCUCCAAGAAAUUUCGAUCAACAAUCUUUCUAUUCUGGUGAUGAUAAUCGUUCAAAUUAUUCUGAUGAAUAUAAUGAAAGUUACAGUCAAUAUGGUGAAAGCGUUUCCCAUGGUUCGGAAAUAUAUGCUCCUUCGCAUAAUAUGUUUGGUGGAAUUAAUGCUAGUAGAACUAUGCCUGAAAAAGAACCAAUUUUGGAAGAGGAACCAGAAGAACCUCGUAAGACUUCUGCCGCUCGUAAAAAAUGGGUAUUUCUCACUUGGCUAAUUACUUGGUGGAUCCCUCCAUGUUUCUUAAAAUGGUGUGGUGGUAUGAAGCGUAAAGACAUUCAGAUGGCUUGGCGUGAAAAGGUUGCCCUUUGCAUGGUUAUAUUUCUCAUAUCUUGUGCCGUUAUCUUUGUCAUCGCUGUCUUGGGUCUUUUAAUUUGUCCUAGAGUUUAUAUUUACACUGACGAGGAAGUUAGUGAACAUAGUGUUGAUAAAAGUCCCGACAAUGUCUAUGUAUCUAUUCGAGGUGAAGUUUACUCCUUGAGCAAUUUUGCUCCUCGUCAUAUACCAACUCUCGUUGAUCAGAAGUCAAUAUUAAGUUAUGGUGGUACCGAUGCAACAAAACUAUUUCCCGUUCAAGUUAGUGCUCUUUGUAGUGGUGUUGACCCUAUGGUAACUUUUGAUUAUAAUCUUGGCAAUAAUGCGGAUCCAAAUGCUAAAUAUCAUGACUUCCGUUACUUUACUGAUGAUUAUCGACCUGAUUGGUAUUAUGAAGAAAUCUUAUUGAAAAUGAGAGCUCAAUAUUUAGUUGGUCAAAAAGGUGUUCCUCCACAAUCAGUAAAAGAUAUGGCUACUGCUGCUAAGAAAAAAGUUGCCAUUCUUUAUGAUAAUGUGUAUGAUCUUACAUCUUAUGUCAUGAGUGGUCGUGGUGCUCUUGGUCCUGGAGGUGAAAAUGUUACAGAUAAUGUAAACAAAGAUUUUAUGAAUUCGAUGAUUGUGGGUCUUUUCACUACUAGUAGUGGUUUAGAUAUCAGUAAAAAAUUCGAUGCUCUACCUCUUAGUAAGGCCGAAAAAUCAGAUCAAUUAACUUGUUUACGUAAUUUAUUCUAUAUUGGAAAAGUGGAUCAUCGUAAUUCUCCACAGUGUCUGUUCUCAAAUUAUAUUUUACUCGCAUUUUCUGGAGCUUUGGUCGCUGUAAUCUUAUUCAAAUUCUUAGCAGCUUUGCAAUUAGGAGCUAGAAGAGAACCUGAAGAACAUGAUAAAUUUGUCGUAUGUCAGGUCCCUUGUUAUACCGAAAGUGAAGAAUCAAUGCGCAAAACUCUGGAUUCUUUAGCUGUUUUAAGAUAUGAUGAUAAACGAAAGUUAUUAUUCAUUAUCUGUGAUGGUAUGAUUGUUGGUGCUGGUAACGACCGACCUACACCACGUAUCGUUUUAGAUAUAUUGGGUGUUGAUCCAAAUAUGGAUCCGGAACCUCUCAGCUUUUUGUCUCUUGGUGAUGGUUCUAAACAACAUAAUAUGGGAAAAGUUUAUUCUGGUUUAUAUGAAUGUAAUGGGCACGUUGUACCUUAUCUUGUGGUAGUUAAAGUCGGUAAACCAUCAGAACGAUCUCGACCUGGUAACCGUGGUAAACGUGAUUCUCAGAUGGUACUUAUGAAAUUCCUUAAUAAGGUACAUUUUAACUCUGAGAUGACUCCCUUGGAAUUGGAAAUGUAUCAUCAAAUCAAAAAUGUUAUUGGUGUAAAUCCUAGUUUCUACGAAUACAUACUUAUGGUGGACGCUGAUACUGAGGUUAUGCCAGAUUCAUUAAAUCGUCUUGUGUCUGCAUUCAUGCAUGAUACCAAAGUAAUGGGUCUUUGCGGUGAAACAACUCUUUCUAAUGAAAAAGACUCUUGGGUUACUAUGAUUCAAGUAUACGAAUAUUAUAUAUCCCAUCAUCUCUCUAAAGCAUUCGAGUCUCUUUUCGGUAGUGUCACCUGUUUACCCGGUUGUUUCUGUAUGUAUCGGGUUCGUACACCUGACACACACAAACCUUUAUUAAUUAGCAAUCAAAUUAUUGAAGAUUAUUCUGAGAAUAGAGUUGAUACUUUACACUUGAAAAAUUUACUUCACCUUGGUGAAGAUCGUUAUUUGACGACACUUAUGAUGAAACAUUUUUCACAUUACAAGAUGACAUUUGUUCCAGAUGCACAAUGUAAAACUACAGCUCCAGAUCAAUGGUCUGUUCUUAUUUCUCAACGUCGUCGAUGGAUUAACUCCACUGUUCAUAAUCUCAUGGAAUUAGUAUUCUUGCCACAACUUUGCGGUUUCUGUUGUUUUUCAAUGCGUUUUGUUGUUAUGAUUGAUUUAUUCGCAACCCUUAUUAUGCCAGCCACUGUUGCAUAUCUUUGUUAUCUGAUCGUUCAAGUUAUAAGGGAUCCAACAACUCUACCUAUCUUGUCAUUAGUGUUGCUUGCUGCUGUAUAUGGUUUACAAGCAGUCAUAUUUAUUCUUCGCAGGAAAUGGGAGCAUGUUGGUUGGAUGAUUGUUUAUAUCCUUGCUAUGCCUGUUUUCUCUUUCUACCUACCAGUCUAUGCAUUCUGGCAUUUUGAUGAUUUCUCAUGGGGUAACACCCGUGUUAUUGUUGGAGAAAAAGGCAAGAAAACGAUGGUAUCUGACGAAGGAAAAUUUGAUCCAAAGAUUAUUCCUAAAAAGAAAUGGUCUGAUUACGAACAAGAACUAUGGGAAGUUAAUACACAAGGAUCUCAUGAUUCAUCACACACCAGGGUUUCGGACCGUUCGUAUCGAUCAAAUAAGAAAUUAGGGUCUGCUCCUGGAUCCCAGGCUGGCUCCGUUUAUGGUGGUGGUGAUUAUGAUGAACGUGGUGGUAUGAAAAGUCGUUCUCGUUCGCCGGCACCUCCGUAUCUUGAUGAUAGAUCUGCUUCUCCAUAUAAUGGAGGUGAUGUGCGAUCCCGCUCACGUCACGGAGAUUCGGCAAGUCAUCGAGGAUCAACACUCCUACGUACUGACAAUGAUCUUUCUGGAUCACGGCCUUCUAGUCUUAUAGAAGCAGGAUAUUACGGCAGUUCGAUAAUAGACAGUGGUUUUCCUUCUGACGAUGAAAUUCUUCAAGAAAUUCGAAAUAUAUUGUCUGUCGCUAAUCUAAUGACAGUAACAAAGAAACAAGUACGAGAUGAUUUAUCUAAUUUCUUUGGUAUGGAUAUGAGCUCAAAGAAAGAAUACAUUAAUAAUUGCAUAGAAUUAAUACUUCAAGGAAAGCUGUAA